UGCUACUUGAAAGCUACUUGAAAUCGACUUGAAUGCUACUUGAAAUUUACUUGAAUCUUACCUGAAUGAUGCUUGAAUCCUACUUGAAAUCUACCUGAAUGUUACUUGAAUCCUACUUGAAUUAUACUUGAAUACUACUUGAAAAACAAACAGAGGAAGUUUGACACAGACAACCAGUUGGAUUGAAGUGUUGUACAUCCACGGUAGGAGAAAGCCUCGACUGGCCUGUCUGUCUGUCCCUCCCCCCCAGGCCACUCCACCUCCAAUCCCAGGUAUAAUCUAUAUUGUAUAUGUAUGUAUGUGUUUAUGUAUAAUUGAUGUCCAAUCUUUGUUUCUUCCCUAGGCCCGUCCUCUUCCAGUCCUCGGCUGAUGACUAAGAGCCUGUCUCUGGAUCCUGGUGCUCACGGUGCCUGCCUCGGGGCCCAUGCCGAUGACUCAGACACCCAGACCCCUCGCCUCAGCUCAGACCCCGGAUCCCUAACCUCCGGGUCCCUUGGUCUGCACCCAUCCAUGCCCCUGCUGUACCCAGCUGGACACGGCUGUAACGGAGGAGACAACGGGAGUGGAACGCCUCAGGAAGUGCCCUCCACCGCCCUCAAGAAGAGACGCCCUCCUUUACCUGGGCCUAAACCACAAGUGCCCCCAAAGCCUCCUCACCUGCAGCAGAGUGCUGGUGCUCCUAGGCCCUGCCCCCGCGUCCCGGACAAGCCCCUCCCACCUCCCCCACCCUGCAGACCUCUGCCUGCAGACCCCAGAGGGGGAGGACCCUGCCGACCGCCGACACUCCCCCGCGCCGAGGGACGCUCCUCCCCCACCGCCUGUGUGCUCUCCCUCAUUGAGAAGUUUGAGAG